AUGGGGGCAAGGAGAAACAUAGCUGGAUUAAUUUCCGCAGUAACAGGACAGAGCCAGAACUCACGCUUGCUCACCCGAUCCUACGACAUUUUGCAGUCUUUUUUUACUAGCCACGAAAUAUUCCGCGGCUACACAGAAAAGAUUCUGGGUAUUGACUUGGGGACAACGAACUCGUGCGCUGCUGUGCUAAUGGAAGGAGACAAGCCGAAAAUUAUAGAAAAUCUGAAGGGCAGCAGAACCACCCCUUCUGUAGUAUCGCUCUCUGGCGGGAAAGUACUAGUAGGGGAGGACGCUAAGAAAGAAAUACAGAAUACACCAAGUGGAGUUGUCACCUCAGCAAAGAGGCUGAUGGGCCGGAAGUACACUGAUCCAGAGACUGUCGAGCACAUGGAGACUGUUCCGUAUAAAAUUGUUCCGCAUGUAAAUGGAGAUGCCUGGAUUGAGGUGGAUGGGAAAACAUACUCACCACAGAAAAUCGGGGCUGAGGUGCUUAGGUAUCUAAAGGAUUCUGUUGAGUAUGUGCUGAAGGAAAAGAUCACUAAAGCCGUUAUAACAGUACCUGCUUACUUCACUGAUGCGCAAAGGCAAGCCACAAAGGUUUCAGGUGAAAUUGCAGGCCUAAAUGUACUGCGUGUUAUAAAUGAGCCAACAGCAGCAGCUCUCUCAUACGGCAUUGACACCUCUAAAGACGGGAUAGUUGCAGUUUAUGACCUAGGGGGCGGCACCUUUGAUGUCUCGAUACUUGAAAUAAAGGAUGGUAUAUUUGAGGUCAAAGCAACCAACGGAAACAGCCAUUUGGGCGGAGAGGACUUUGAUGCUGCAUUGACAAACCACAUAAUAUCGCGAAUAGAAAAAGAGCAUGGAAUAGCGAUACGAAGCAACCUUGAUGCGCUACAGCAGGUUCGGAAGAUGGCAGAGCAGAUAAAGUGUGUGCUGUCUGAGCAGGAGCACACAGUAGCAGACUUUUUAUUCCCGCAUACUUCAGAUGCAAAAUCUGAAUCGAGCAGGAGCAUAUCACUGCACAUUACUAGACAGGAAUUUGAGAAUCUAAUUGCACCUUUAAUUGAGAAAACGCUGUCUCCAUGCAAGGAGGCCAUGCUUGAUGCAGACAUAAAAAAGGGCUCAAUUGAUAAUGUAAUUGUUGUAGGCGGCAUGACACGAAUUCCUGCAAUUAGAAGGGCGGUUGAAAAAGUAUUUGGUAAAGCAAUUACUCCCGGUGUAAACCCGGAUGAAGCUGUCGCUGCUGGUGCUGCAGUGCAGGGAGGAAUACUUGCAGGGAAAAUGCAGGACUAUCUGCUGAUUGACGUGGCGCCGCUCAGCCUAGGAAUAGAAACACUUGGCGGAAUAUUCAGUAAAAUUGUAGAGAAAAAUAGCUCAAUUCCAAUUAAAAAAACGCAGACUUUCACAACAUCAGAGGACGGGCAGCCCUCAGUAACUGUAAAAAUAUACGAAGGAGAGCGGCCCCUGGUGUCCCAUAAUAAAUAUCUUGGAGAACUGGUCCUUUCUGGAAUCCCUCCUCUUCCUAAAGGGGUGCCAAAGAUAGAGGUUACCUUUGAGGCGGAUGCAAAUGGAAUAUUCACGGUCUCAGCAAAGGACAAAGAAACACAGAUAGCACAGAAUACAAAGAUCGAGCCAUCAGGUGGCCUCUCCAAGGAUGAGAUUGCUUCCUUGAUAAAAGAGGCAGAAGACGCCCGCCUGCAGGAUGAAAAAGAAAAACUUCUAAUAGAAACAAAGCAGAAAGUAACCGACUAUAUUAAGCAGCACCAUGAGAUAAGAGCCAAGCUUAAGGGCAGCCUUAAGCCAGACACACUGCAUAGACUGAACAGCAAAAUUUCGGAUCUUUUGGCUUAUAUGGAGAAAUCAUCGGCUACUAAGGAUGAGCUAGAGUACUAUUUGGCAGAUUUAAGAAAAGAUGCAGGAAGUGCCUGGAGAGACCAUAAAUAA